UUUCGAAUCGGCGGCGGCUCCUCGCUCGCGGCUCAAGUAGGGGCUGCGGGUGGCUCGCGUCCUCUCGCCAUGGAUAACCCGGAAAAUGUCUUUCAAAUGUUUGAAGCCCAUAUGCAGAGCUACAAGGGCGAUGAUCCACUUGGUGAAUGGGAAAGUUACAUGCAGUGGGUAGAAGAGAAUUUUCCUGAGAAUAAAGAAUAUUUGACAACUUUAUUAGAGCAUCUAAUGAAGGAAUUUCUGGAUAAGAAGAGAUACCACAAUGACCCAAGGUUCAUCAAUUAUUGUUUAAAAUUUGCCGAGUGCAACAGUGACCUGCAUCAGUUUUUUGAGUUUCUGUACAACCACGGCAUCGGGACGCAGUCGGCUCCCCUGUACGUAGCCUGGGCUGGGCACCUGGAAGGCCGGGGGCAGUGGCAGCACGCCAGUGCUGUUUUCCGGAGAGGGAUUCAAAACCAGGCCGAACCCGGGGAGCUGCUGCAACAGCAAUACAGGUUAUUUCAGACCCGUCUCACCGAAACCCAUGUGCCAACUCAAGCAAGAACCUCAGAAUCUCUGCAUGAUGCUCAGGUUUUAAACCAAAUGGUAACAACACAAUCAAAUCCAGGAAAUAACUCAGCCUGCAUUUCUAAGAAUCAGGGUUCAGAACUUUCUGGAGUAAUAUCUUCAGCUUGUGAUAAAGAGUCAAAUAAGGAGCAAAGGGUGAUCGUGAUUUCUAAGUCAGGAUACUCCACACACCCGUCUUUGGCAGCCGCAGCUGACGUUCAGCAGGUUGUCAUGUAUUGCAAGGAGAAGCUUAUUCGUGGAGAAUCAGAAUUUUCCUUUGAAGAACUGAGAGCACAGAAAUACAAUCAGCGGAGAAAGCACGAACAGUGGGUAAACGAAGACAGGCAUUAUAUGAGAAGGAAAGAAGCAAAUGCUUUUGAAGAGGAACUAUUAAAACAGAAAAUGGAUGAACUUCAUAAGAAGUUGCACCAAGUGGUGGAGACGUCGCGGGAGAACCCACCCUCUUCCCAGGAGAGAUCUGAGGUUAAUCCCACCCGUCUGGGGCCACAUGCAGGCUCCCAGCAGGAAGUGAGAGCACCGAGUCCUCCAGCCAUCAAUCAGCAGACCUCAAAGAGCACGGGAGAGAAACAGGGAGAGGUGCCUCCUGUUGUCCCUCUUGCGGCAAAUGCUGUCACUGCUGCUUUGGUGUCCCCAGCCGUCAGCCAGAUUGUAGCUCCCCCGGUUUCUCUGACAGCCCAGCCCAUGACAGACUCCAUGUUUACAGCGGCCGGCAAAGAUGCCAGGUGUGUGAAUAAAAAUAAUCAUGAAUUCAAGCCUCAGAGUGCAGCAGAGCUGAAAGAAGGAUGUGAAACACAUAAGGUUGUUAACACAAGUUCUUUUCACACAACUCCAAACACAUCACUGGGACUGGUUCAGGCCACACCAUCCAAAGUGCAGCCGUCACCCACCGUGCACACCAAAGAAGCACUAGGUUUCAUCAUGAAUAUGUUUCAGGCUCCUACACUUCCUGACAUUUCUGAUGACAAAGAUGAAUGGCCAUCUCUAGAUCAAAAUGAAGACGCAUUUGAAGCCCAGUUUCAAAAAAAUGCAAGUUCUUCCGGGGCUUGGGGAGUCAACAAGAUUAUCUCUUCUUUGUCAUCUGCUUUUCCUGUAUUUGAAGAUGGAAACAAAGAAAAUUAUGGAUUACCACAGCCUAAAAACAAACCUGCAGGAGCCAGGACCUUCGGAGAACGUUCCAUGAGCAGAUUUCCUUCAAAACCAAAUGAAGUGCCUCACACUGAAGAGCUUUUGGAUGAUUCAACCGUGUGGGGCGUCCGCUGCACCAGAGCCCUGGCCCCCAGUCCCAGGAGCCCGGGAGACUUCAGGGCUGCCGCCCGGCUCGCGUCCACGCCCUUCCACAAACCUCCGGUGGAUUCAGGGCACCCUCUAGAGGAUAAAGAAAAUGUGAUGGCAAGACAGUACACCCAUGUGACGUUGGAUUCUUGUGAAGGAAACACGGUGGAACCUUCAAAAGAGGGAAAGUGCAGUCCAGUUCAAGAGAAAAGCCUGGAACCAGCGUUCCCCACAGAGCUUCCUUCGGUAUCCCUGCUCCGCCUGGGCCAGCCUUCUGCAGCCGUGCUGACCAGCGAGGCAGAGCGGGGCCUCGAGGCUUGUAAACUCACAGACCCUGACUUUGUCACUGCAGAGGGCCCAUCAGACACCAGCGUGAGGCCCCAGGCGGGACAGAUGCAGACCGGUCCACUCAGGAAUAUCGAUGUUCCAAACUUCACUAUUGAGGAUCCUUGGGAUGAGGAGUUGAUUCUCAAACUUCUGUCUGGGCUUCCUAAACCAGUGACUUCCUAUCCAAAUACUUAUGAAUGGCAUUGUAGACUUCCAGCCAUCAAGCCCAAGACUGAGUUUCAAUUGGGUUCUUUGCUGGUCUAUGUUGAUCACCUGCUGGGAGAAGGGGCCUUCGCCCAAGUCUAUGAAGUUACCCACGGGGAUGUGAACGACAGCAAAAAUAAACAGAAAUUUAUUUUGAAGGUCCAGAAGCCCGCCAGCCCCUGGGAGUUCUACGUGGGGACCCAGCUGAUGGAGAGACUGAAGCCAAGUGCGCGGCACAUGUUCAUCAAAUUCUACUCUGCCCACCUGUUCCAGAACGGCAGCGUGUUGGUCGGCGAGCUCUACAGCUACGGGACACUCUUAAAUGCUGUCAACCUCUAUAAAAAUACCCCCGAGAAGGCAAUGCCACAAGCCCUAGUCCUCUCUUUCGCUAUCAGAAUGCUCUCCAUGAUUGAACAGAUCCACGGCUGCGAGAUCAUCCACGGAGACAUCAAGCCAGACAACUUCAUUCUCGGAAACAGAUUUUUGGAACAAGACGGUGAAGAUGAUGAUCUAUCUGCUGGCUUGGCACUGAUUGACCUGGGUCAGAGCAUAGACAUGAAGCUCUUUCCAAAAGGAACUGCAUUUACGGGAAAGUGUGAAACAUCUGGGUUUCAGUGUAUUGAGAUGAUCAGUAACAAGCCCUGGAACUACCAGAUCGAUUACUUUGGAGUUGCCGCAACAGUGUACUGCAUGCUUUUUGGCACUUACAUGAAAGUGAGACAUGAAGGGGGCAUCUGGAGGCCUGAAGGUCUGUUUAGAAGGCUUCCUCAUCUGGAUAUGUGGAGUGAAUUUUUCCACAUAAUGUUGAAUAUACCAGACUGUCAUCAUUUUCCAUCUUUGGAUUUGUUAAGGCAAAAGCUGAAGAAAGUACUUCAAGAACACUAUGCAAACAAGAUUAAGACCCUACGUAACAGGCUAAUUGUGCUGCUCUUAGAAUACAAGCGUUCUCGAAAAUAAAAUGUGGACCCUCCCU